GGGAUGCUUUCACUAUAAAUUAAUGCUCAGUUGAAAGCAAGUUCCAUUGUACUCUCAAAUUAAGUCUUUCUUGUUGGAUAGUGAAGGAAGUUACAAAGAUAUGAAGCUCCAGAAUACCCUAAUUCUCCUAGCACUUUUAUGUGCAACCCUUUUUCUGGCUUCAGCUCUAGCAGUUGAUGAGAAAUCUCAAGAUGAGAAACAAGCAAGCAAAGGCCAGACAACUGUUCAAUGCUGCAAAACAAGGCCAAGGUGGUUAUGGUGGAGGCCAUGGCGGCCAUGGAGGCGGUGGUCAUGGAGGUGGCUGCUAUGGAGGCGGUGGUCACGGAUGCGGCGGCUAUGGAGGUGGUGGUCAUGGAGGCGGUGGCCAUGGUGGAGGGUGCAGAUACGGGUGCUUCGGUGGAUAUGGGAGAGGAGGAGGCUGCAGGUGUUGCUAGAUCUACUGCUCAAGAAGCUCUGGCCUACAUGCAAAUGAAGCGAAUCACCCAUAAAUGAAGAACGGAAACAACUUCAAGUCAAUCUGCUUUUGUAAUAGUCCAUAAUAAAAGUAUGUUUCUGGAGUUCUAGCAUAGAUUAAUGCAGUUGCAUGCAAGUGCUGGAAAUGAUAUAUCAGCAAAUACGCAAUAAAUAUCAGUGUUUUAUUA